AUGUUCAGAAACAACUACGACAACGAUUCUGUCACAUUCUCGCCCCAGGGCCGAAUAUUUCAGAUUGAAUAUGCCGCCGAGGCUGUGAAGCAAGGAUCCGUUGUCGUCGGUAUCGUCAGCAAAACACACGCUGUACUCUGCGCUGUCAAGGCAGGUCUAGGUCUCAUCUUGAACCAACGUUGUUUCGCAAACAAUUACCGUCUAACCAGCUCGCAGAGAAAUGCCGAAGAAUUGUCCUCCUACCAAAAGAAGCUCUUCUCCAUCGACGAGCAUGCCGGUAUCGCCAUUGCGGGCCUGACAUCCGAUGCUCGCGUCCUCUCCAACUUCAUGAAGCAGCAAUGUCUUGGCCACCGUCUCACCUACGGCCGCGCCAUCCCGCUCCGCUCCCUCGUCGACAUGAUUGGCGAAAAAGCCCAGACCAACACUCAAGUAUAUGGUAGGCGACCAUAUGGUGUUGGCCUGUUGGUUGCUGGUGUGGACGAGCGAGGUCCUCACUUGUUCGAGUUCCAGCCCUCGGGCAUGACGGAGGAAAUGGUUGCGUUUGCGAUUGGUGCCCGAAGCCAAAUGGCAAGAACAUAUCUGGAACGCAACGUGGAGUCCUUUGCGGACUGCUCAAGGGAAGAGUUGGUCAGGCAUGGUCUCAAGGCGCUUCGGGAGAGCUUGGUCCAGGAUAAGGAGCUAACCGUGGAGAACACCUCCGUCGGCCUGGUUGGUGUGCAAGGCGAGGGAAUGAAGGACAUUGAGGUGUUCAAGCUUUAUGAAGAGUUUGAGGUUAAGCAGUGGAUUGAUAGUGUUGGCGAGAGCCAAGGAAGUGGUGAAGGCGAGGAAGGCAUGGAUGUUGACAGCUAG